AUGGCCAUCCUUUCUUCUUCUUCCACUAACUCCAUCUCCUCGAGCCCUUCUCCUUCUUCUUCCUCCUCCGCCCUCUCGGCCUCCUCCAUCAAGCCGAUUCCCGAGAGCCGAGAGCCCACCCCAGAGUUUGAUCCAACAGCGGCUCACGAAGCGCUAGAUACAGAGGAGUUCGAUUUUGGGAUCAUCUCCGACCCGGAUGAGCCCCAAACUGAGGGUGAAGACCUCUCAUCCCUGCUCGGGGGGGGAGGGGAGGUGGAGGAGAGGGAGGACGAUUGGUUCUCGUGGUACGUGAUCGACUCCUCCUCCGACUCCAUGGCGGGGAACGCCUUCCGCCUUCACAGAUUCUCCGAGGAAGACUCCGAGGAAGAUGACAAGGACAACGGCGGCGGCUACAGCAGUGACGACGAUGACGACGAUGGCAGCAGUGCCGACGGCAGCAGCAGCGACGGCGGGAGUACGCCGGCGAGAAGCCCCAAGCGCCAUAGGUACCUCGGUACCUACUGGUGGUAG